AUGUGCUUCUUCAACACGCCUCUCUACGUGGAGAAACACCCGGACGAGGACCUUCCAGACUACCCCGAUUGCCCGUGCUGCGUCCUGGACAUUUACGAGCAAGACGCGUUCAGUCUGGACGGCCAGAGAUUUCCGAUGCUGCUUCUCGCAAGGGCCCAUCGCCAACGACCGUGUAGCGUCACCACCCCGUGGACACCACUGCCGCUCCGAAAGUAACCGAACAGCGUUCGUCUGCACGUAGAGACGCAGAGUCAUAUUUAAGGUUGUAGUAGCUUUUUUUGGUCUUUGCUGUUGCGGCGGGUUCUCGAGAAGUUUGUUUGAUGGAGGUGUUUUGUGGGCAGAAAUUAGGUACUUGGGAGGGCCGUUGUUGUUUUAGACGAAGCCGACCCCAGCGUGUGUUGCGACCUUCGUCACAACGAGACUAGCAAGUGGUACAUACGCAAGCUUGGCGCCUUUGUCUGAGUUUUAAGCGAGGUAAAUGGGCGGACGGACGUGUUGAUGAGAGAACUCACCCUUCGUUGUUAGUUCUUGGACGGACUGGAUAUUGAGGAGCUUUCGCUUUUCAUAGCACGCUGUACUCCCCCAAAUAUGCUGUACGAAGUAUCAAAUAGUAGCUGUAUCGAACAGUCUCUCUUUGAGCGUGGCACUCUUGCCGUCCGCGUUUGUCGACGUGCGACUCGUUCUUAUGAAUCUUGCUCAAAACAAAGACGAGCUUUAUGUUAUUUUGUCUCGCCGGGUAUUUUAAUAGACUAAACCUUUAAGUCUGUUCUUGUUGCGAGUUGUGCCACGAGGCUAAUUGUGAAACACGUGUUAGUUGGUGCGUUACGCCGCGGGUAAGGCAUGCCUACUGCUGUGGGUGUGGUAUGUAGGACGCCUUUCCUUCGUGUACCGUCGACCGUUGUUCUGUAAGCGGGCUGUGAAAGUAGGGGAUCUACAUGAACGUUGUACAUUGCAAACCAU